AUGAAAAUGAUUUAUUGUCGGCGAAAACGUAUUUUAAAAUGGUUUUUGAUUUUAAUAUUCUAUGCUUUUAUGAUCUUUUUCGGUUAUGAAAUUAGUAAUUAUGUGUCAGUGUCAACUAUUAUGGCACCUCUGUCAAAUUUUCAACAACAAGGUUAUAUUACUUUAAAACCAAAAGAACUUCUUCAACGAAUAUUUAAUGGAAUUGAGUAUCUAAAUUCAUCUGAUCUACUGAAUUGCAUACAAAACUAUACGAAAAAUUUCCAGCUGACACCUCCAAUCUACAAGGAAUCAUUGUAUAACACAUCCAUUGUUCGCGGUAUUGUUGUAUUCUAUGAUAUUAAUAUACACUCGUUGUUAUUCAAACAGUUCAUAUGGUUAUAUCAAUCGUGGUUAUCGAUCACGCGAAGUUCAAAAAUUCGUCAUGAUUUGAUAAUAUUCAUGGAAUCACCUUUAUCCGAUUUUCAUUUACUUAACUGUCAUUAUCAGACUCGACGUGUAUCAUCUGACGAUCAAAAUCAAUGCAUUGUUUAUUUAACAAAUACUUUAACAAAUUCAAUAUUGAUGGCAAAUUUCUCUCUAUUACAUUCAUUUUCUCCUAAGUUUCAUCUAGAACUCGGACGAUUAUUAAAUGAAAAUAAUCGAUUAGCAUCGUUAUUAAUAUUUUUGAUGAAAGAACAUCAACGCGAUUUAAAAUCGUAUCAUUCUUUAUUGCGUAUUGAUCUCGAUUCGAUUUUAAUGCCAAAUUUAGGUACGUGGAUUCCUUCCAAUGAUAAGGAAGAUGCUGUGUUUAUUGGUGAUUCUAUUCGAACAAAUCAUUUUACAUUCGAUCGUUUACAACGAGCAAGUAAUUUCAUUCAUCGACAGGAAAAGAUAUUUCGAAUACGACCAUAUUUUUCAAUUACAUGGCUAGGAAAUUUAAACAAUCUUAUUAAAUUAUCACAUUUAACAGUCAUGUUUGCAAUGUGGUUGGUAAAAGAAGAAUUUACCGAAGCAGAAAGGUAUCAUCAUCUUGGCUACUUAAAUUAUCCGGCAUGGUACAUGGAUGCAUUAUUAGAAUAUGCUUCAACAUUAGCAUUAUCGUUUUUAAAAUUCAAAUCAGUAAAAGUUUUACAAAUAUUACAUUUAUUUGACUGUCAAAUACCAUCGGAUGUACGAGAAGCUGAUGAAAAAUAUUUAAAUUGUUUACAUGUACAACUUCGAUAUCCUUCUACAUAUCUUACAAAACAAGCUCUUUUGAACUAUUCUCCAAUACCCUUUGCAGACAGUUUUCCGAAAAAUCGAUCACAUAUAGAAAAUUACGUCUGGAAAAUUGUAGCAAAAAGUCAAAAAAUAUAUGACAAAAAACAGUAA